AUCAUUGACAAUAGUUUCUGUAACAUUAUUUGUACUAUUAAUACUAAACACUAACAAUGUUCAGAGUCAAUACGCUAACACGUAUGGCCAAAAUACAAUGUAUGGUAGAGGUCGUUACGGUUUGCAAAACUAUUACGCACGCUACGGCAAUUUAAACACCAAUAGAGGUAUGUACGGUUACGGUAAUGGUUACAAUAAUCCGUACGGUUAUGGCAAUGGUUACGGUCAAAAUGGUUAUGGCUAUGGUAACGGCGCAGGCGCCGGUAGAUACGGUAUGGGUCAGUACGGUCAACAACCACAACAACAACAACAAGGUUACGGUAACUAUGGUAACAUGGGAGGCGGCGCUGGCGGUGGCGCCGGUUCAGGCGGUUAUAAUAGACAGGGAGGCGCCAGUAGUGGCAGUGACGAGUAGUUUAUUUUUUUUUGUUAAAAAUAAUAAUUAUUAUUAAUA